AUGCAGACCGUCCUCUGUGCCGCUGAGGCUCCCCCAUGCAGCUACGCUUGGGUCUCCCUGCACCGAUCGGGGUGUGACUAUUCAGAUGCCAACCUGGCUGAUACGAUAGUCGGUCUGCUGUUCUCCCUGCGGUCCUCCCGGGCAGCCUUCCCCAUCUCCCUGCGCCGAUCGGCUUUCCCUCACAGAGCCCUCGUCCACCGCCCCGCAUGCCCGGCGGGACCCCCCGAGGAGAGGCCGACAUGGAGCAGUCCAUCGAACAACUGGUCCAUCAGAUGGAUUUCGGGCGAUGUGUGGGGAUUGAGGUCACCAACGGCACGACCAUUGUUUCACUCUGUCAGGACCUACUGCUACAGCGGCCACACUCACCUCCCCUCCAGCCACAUCAUCCCGCCGAAGACCAAGAGGCACUGCAUCUUCGUGAAAACCGUCGGUUCCCCCCGAGGGAGCGUGGGGCUGCUGGUCUACAAGAUCGGGGUAGACCUCAACCUGGCCAUCCUGUUCUCCAACCCCUACGACUACAACCUGUACUACAUAGAGUUUGCCCUGGCCUUCUACCAGCGGGAUAUGGAGGGCACGGAGCUGGACACCCUCUAUGAUCACAUCUACAACGAGAGGAAGCAGGGCUCGAUCAAGGUGGUCAAGAGGAAACUAAGCUCCAUCCAGGAGCCCCUGGUUCUGAAGGCAAAAGGGAUCCGGGCCUUGGCCACCAUGUCCAACGACGCCAAGGCCGUGAUCAAGGUGGAGGUGGAUUCCAGGUGGUAGACAGACCAACCCGAGUCCCACCGAUCCCCCGAGGCUGUGACUGGACGUUGGCCCUUUCUUCGGCCUACCCUCGAUCUCUCCUGCUGCUCUCGCUCCCGCUCCCUCUUCAGAAUAAUACUACUACUAAUUAUUAAAGUAUCCGUUAAGCGCG